AUGGAGAACUUUGAAACCUACAAAGCUGACAAAUCGUUGUGGAUGAUGAAGUUCCCUCCGAUCAUCUCCGAGACCUGGUCCUCAGUUGCCUCCACCUCCGUCGACUCGUUGCCAAGGACUCCUCCGAUCUCCUCCAGCCGGAGGGAGGACUCCUACACCCCCCCCCAAUUUACUAUGGAGAUGGAAAUGGAGACAACUGGGCCGAAAAGUUAUUCUCUCAACAUGUCCAAGGAUUUAAUUUCCAUGGGUAUUAUCUCCAAGUCGACUCAAGGAUGUUCUGCUAUGGAAGGAAAGGUGGAACAUAAAUUUGAUAUGGAACCCCACUAG